AUUAUGCUCAAAAUAACUAGGUCUUUACAAUUUUUUACGAUUUAUGUUAUAACGAUAUUCGAAAUUCACGUGCUUGCGUAGUAUCGCUUAUGCCAGUAAAGCCAGUAGCACACGAGGUUUGUUUCAUGUUGGAUUGCUUGCUGGAGGGAAAUACUGCGUUCUAACUGGUCGAUACACCACAAAAACAAGUAUCGUGUGCCGCUGGCUCAAGUUGACCAUUUCACAUAUAUUCAGACGGUUGGAGAACAUCGUUGCUCAUUCGACCCUCAUACUUUGAUAAGGCAACUCACAUCACUGAAGUGUGUAAGAUAUAAGAAAGGUGAUAUUCUGAAAUAUUUCCGUAUAUAUUUCUUCAACUCGAUAUGGCAGAUCUGAAAAAAUACCACCAAUCUGAUAACGCAUCGCAUUCUACGAUACAGUUCUUAAUCGAUGAGUUCGAUGAAGAGCUAAAAAAUAUGUCUGGAAAUUGUAUUGACAUUGGUUGCGGCAACGGGGAUCAAAUGAGAUAUAAUCUCUUGCCAGCCCUUGAUCCAAAAGCCACAAUAAUUGGUACGGAUAUUUCGGAGAACGUAAUCAAGCAUGCAACGGAAAUACAUGGUGAUGAGGAGCGACUUAAGUUCAAAGUAUUAGACAUCCAAACUAAAAAUUUGUCUGAGGAAUACAUUUCUAAAUUCGAUAAUGUAUUCUCAUUUUAUACUUUGCAUUGGUGCAACGAUAUUCUGUAAGAAAAAUGUUUAAACGUAUACAAAUUAAUUUUUAUUACUUAUGAACAA